UGGGGCUAGGGUAAGGUUUAAGGUUUUUGGCGUUAGGGUUAAAAUCACUGUCCAUAACCUUUUGAGGAACAUGUUUCAGACCUUUUGGAGUUAGUUAGAUAAAAAAAAAUGAAAAAUGAAAAAGAAAUUUUUAGGGUGUUUGAUCUUCCAGAAGGUAAUACCCGGGUAUUAGGUUAUUGGGCUAUGGUAAGGUUUAAGGUUUUUGGCGUUAGGGUUAAGACCCAAUAUUAAGUUUAAAAAUUGCCACAACCUCAAGUUAAACAAACACAAAAACUCAAGUUCAAACACGCCACAAACUCAAGUUCAAACACGACACAAACUCAGGAUCAACAAACGCCACAAACUCAAGUUCAAACACGAAACAAACUCAAUUUAAAAAACACCAAAAACUCAAGUUCCACCAAUACCCAAUUCUCAAGUUUAACAAUUUUCACAACCUCAAGUUCAAAAAACCCACAAACAUAAGUUAAAACAAGACACAAACUCAAGUUCAACAAAACCAAAAACUCAAGUUCAACCAACACCUGAUAAUCCAGUUUAAAAAUUUUCACAGCCUCAAGUUCAAAAAACACACAAACUCAAGUAAAAAAAAAACACGAACGCAAGUUCAAACACGACACAAACUCAAGUUCAACCAACACCCAAAUCUCAAGUUUAACAAUUGCCACAACCUCAAGUUCAACAAACACACAAACUCAAGUUCAAAAAGAACAAAAACCCAAAUUCAACCAAUACCCAAUUCUCAUGUUUAAAACAUGAGUUCAAAACUCAAGUUCAAACACGACACAAACUCAAUCUCAAAAACACCAUGAACUCAAGUUCAAACACAACACAAACUAAAGUUCAACAAACACAAAAACUCAAGUUCAAAAACUCCACAAACUCAAGUUCAAACACAACAUAAACUCAAGUUCAACAAACACACAAAUUCAAGUUCAAACAUGACACAAACUCAAGUUCAACAAACACACAAACUCAAAAUAAACAAUUGCCAAAACCUCAAGUUUAAUAAAUUCCACACCCUCAAGUUCAACAAACACACAAACUCAAGUUCAAACAUGACACAAACUCAAGUUCAACUAACACCAAAUCUCAAGUUUAACAAUUGCCACAAUCUCAAGUUCAACAAACAAACAAACUUAAGUUCAAACACGACACAAACUCAAGUUCAACAAACAGACAAACUCAAGUUUAACAAUUGCCACAACCUCAAGUUCAACAAAUUCCACAAACUCAAAUUCAAACACAACACAAACUAAAGUUCAACAAACACAAAAACUCAAGUUCAAAAACUCCACAAACUCAAGUUCAAACACAACAUAAACUCAAGUUCAACAAACACACAAAUUCAAGUUCAAACAUGACACAAACUCAAGUUCAACAAACACACAAACUCAAAAUAAACAAUUGCCAAAACCUCAAGUUUAAAAAAAUUCCACACCCUCAAGUUCAACAAACACACAAACUCAAGUUCAAACAUGACACAAAAUCAAGUUCAACUAACACCCAAAUAUCAAGUUUAACAAUUGCCACAAUCUCAAGUUCAACAAACAAACAAACUUAAGUUCAAACACGACACAAACUCAAGUUCAACAAACAGACAAACUCAAGUUUAACAAUUGCCACAACCUCAAGUUCAACAAAUUCCACAAACUCAAAUUCAAACACAACACAAUCUCAAGUUCAUUCAAACCAAAAUCUCAAGAUUAACAAUUGCCACAACCUCAAGUUCAACAAACACACAAACUCAAGUUCAACAAAUGCCACAAAUUCAAAUUCAAACACGAAAAAAAACACGAAAGUUCAAAAACACCAAAAACUCAAUUUCAAACACAACACAAACUCAAGUUUAACCAACACACUAACUCAAGUUCAACAGACAACUGAUUCUAAAGUUUAACAAUUUCCACAACCUCAAGUUCAAAAACAACAGACUCAAGUUCAAAAAACACCACAAAUUCAAGUUCAAACGUAACAAAAACCCAAGUUCAACAAACACAAACUCAAGUUUAACAAUUUCUACAACCUCAAGUCCAAACAAUUCCACACCCUCAAGUUCAAAAACACCACAAACGCAAGUUCAAAAACGACACAAACUCAAGUUCAACAAAUGCCCAAAACUCAAAUUCAAACACGAAACAAACUCAAGUUAAAAAACACCACAAACUCAAGUUCAAAAACACCACAAACGCAAGUUCAAAAACGACACAAACUCAAGUUCAACAAAUGCCAAAAACUCAAAUUCAAACACGAAACAAACUCAAGUUCAAACACAACACAAACUCAAGUUCAACAAACACACAAACUCAAGUUCAAACACAACACAAACUCAAGUUCAACAAACACACAAACUCAAGUUUAACAAUUGCCACAACCUCAAGUUCAAACAAUUCCCCACCCUCAAGUUCAACAAACACACAAACUCAAGUUCAAACACGACACAAACUCAAGUUCAACAAAUGCCAAAAACUCAUAUUCAAACACGAAACAAACUCAAGUUAAAAAAUACCACAAACUCAAGUUCAAACACAACACAAAGUCAUGUUCAACAAACACACAAAGUCAAGUUCAAACACAUCACAAACUAAAGUUCAACAAACACACAAACUCAAGUUUAACAAUUGCCACAACCUCAAGUUCAAGCAAUUCCAUACCCUCAAGUUCAAAAACUUCACAAACUCAAGUUCAAACACGACACAAACUAAAGUUAAACAAAUGCCCAAAACUCAAAUUCAAACACGAAACAAACUCAAGUAAAAAAACACCACAAACUAGAGUUCAAACACAACACUCAAUCAAGUUAAACAAACACACAUCUCAAGUUCAAAAACACCACAAACUCAAGUUCAAACACGACACAAACUCAAGUAAAAAAACACCACAAACUAGAGUUCAAACACAACACUCAAUCAAGUUAAACAAACACACAUCUCAAGUUCAAAAACACCACAAACUCAAGUUCAAACACGACACAAACUCAAGUUCAAAAAAUGCCAAAAACUCAAAUUCAAACACGAAACAAACUCAAGUUAAAAAACACCACAAACUCAAGUUCAAACACAACACAUACUAAAGUUAAAAAAAACACAAUCUCAAGUUCAACCAAAAACACCUGACUCUCAAGUUUAACAAUUGCCACAACCUCAAGUUCAACAAACAGACAAACUCAAGUUUAACAAUUGCCACAACCUCAAGUUCAACAAAUUCCACAAACUCAAAUUCAAACACAACACAAACUAAAGUUCAACAAACACAAAAACUCAAGUUCAAACACAACACAAACUCAAGUUCAAAAACACAAGAAACUCAAUUGUAAACACGACACAAACUCAAGUUCAACAAACUCAAGUUCAAACACAACACAAACUAGAGUUCAAAUAACACACAAAGUCAAGUUCAACAAACACACAAAGUCAAGUUCAAAAACACCACACCCUCAAGUUCAA